CAGAUGGGGAGGGGGCACUCAGCUGAGAACCCUUUAACCAAGAACACUAGUACAGCUAAGCUUUAGCUUUUAGUUCUUGAUGAGUAAGUAGUGACACUCUGUUCAUUGUCUUUUACUAGUAGUUUCCAGACAGAUCUCUAAUCAGGGUUCCCCAUGCUCCUCUGUUUACUGAUCUUCCACGUCUACUCAGUGUUGCCAACUGUGGAAUUUUAUUUUAAAAGAAAGGUAAAGGUAAUUCAUUUCAUUUAAUUGGUUCUAUCUGCGCUAAACAUGGAGAGCUCAUCUGGGGAUUAAGACUUGCUUGUCUGUUGGGAAUAUCUUUUUGUAUUUUGAUCUAGCAUCACCACAACUAAUUGCCAAAUAUGAACGACAUUUAGUCUGUACUUAGACAAGUUUUUCAUGCUAAUCAUCUACAUACCUAAUGACGAAUUGCUAGAUAAAAAAUAUUCGAACGAACGGGAUUGCCUUUUCUGAAAUCCUAUGUGGUGCCACCAACUUUGGAUUAGAAGAAGAAUGAAAGUUUACACCUUUAUUUCAAAACACACAAAAAGGAAAACUGUCGGGGGUUCCCUUAAUCAAGAAGUAUGUAUGCUUUUUAGAGCGGCAAAGAGUACAGCGUGUAAAACCCACCUUAAAAUUAGGCGGCCACCUCACAAGGUAGCGCCGCAUCAUCAAAAUGAUGCUGCUUAGUCACUACCCCACGUCAUGAUUCCCAUCAAAUUCAUUGGUUGGUGUGAAUCCCUGUCAUGACCGACUUAUUUGUCCGAACCUGAUUGGUCCAAAUAACGUGGUGGUGGGCAGGCAUCAAUCAUUUGUGAGGUUUGUUAAUUAAUUUGAAGGAAAGAAAAGAAUACCAUUUCCACUUCCACUUCUCCAUUUCAAAAAAUAAAAAUAAAUAAAAAUGAAUAAACGAAAGAAAACAGUUGUGUCUUUUGGUGACUGACUGAGUUUUCGACUCCUCCUCCCACUUCUAGAAAACCAGUUGUCUUCUUAGAGAGGAGCGUAACUGGCGUGUUUAUCAUUAAUUUCAGAUAUUCUUAAAUUGAAUUCUCUGAUUUGAAUUUGAAAGAAAUCGAAUCUCAUUAGAUUUUAUUCUUCAUUUUCAAAUAGUCUUUUGAGAGAUUUGUGAUUUGAUUUUGGUUUAGGGGUUUUUUUAUUUUGAUUUAGACGGAUGAGAGAUGCAGAAAGCAUCUCGGAAAGCUCUUCUUAAUCAGAGAAGAGCUUCUUCUUCUUCUUCUAAUGGGAAAACAACAACGGCUACAAGGCAUUUGUAUAAAGUCUCUCUGUCUCUACUUCUUAUCUGGUGGUUAUUUUUCCCUGUCUUGAUUGGUCACAGCGGUGAUACCGACAGCGACAACUACACAGAUAAAUCUGGUGCUGCGGUUGAGGAGCACACUUUGGAUGAAGCUGCUGAGCAGGUUGUAAGUGAAAGAUCUGAUUCUGGAACUGCUGACAUUCAAUAUGUUUCGACUGUUAGCACUAAGGACUCUGAUCUAGAUACAUGUACUGCAAGCUCGGCUAGCGAAUUGCUUACCAGUGGUGAAUUACUCGCAAUUGGGAAAAAUGAAAAUGAUCAAGAAUCUGUCAAGGAGAAUGAAAAAUUAGAUGUGUUAGAUUUGGGGCCGAAGGUGGUGGAAAAGGAGUUUGCUAGUGGUGAAUCACUGACAAUUGAAAAAAAUGAAAAUGGCCAUGAGUCUGUCAAGGACAAAGAGAAAUUAGAGGUGGUAGAUUUGGGGCUGAAGGUGGUGGAGAAGGAGUUGAAGGUAAACAACAACAACGAUAGACUAUCACGUGCAGCGCCACUCGGUCUUGAUGAAUUCAAGAGUAAGCAGCUUAGCAUUCCAAAGGGGAAACCUGUAAAUGGCUUGUCUAGAUGUGGUGUUGUUCAUAGAAAGGAGGCUGGUGGAACGGAGUACAAUUAUGCAUCCGCAUCCAAGGGAGCUAAAGUUUUGGAUUUUAACAAGGAAGCUAAAGGCGCCUCUCAUAUCCUGGGCAAAGACAAGGAUAAGUACCUGCGCAAUCCUUGUUCUGCUGAACUCAAAUUUGUUGUUAUAGAACUUUCAGAAGAAACACUGGUGGACACAAUUGAAGUAGCAAACUUUGAGCACCACUCGUCUAAUUUGAGGGAUUUUCAGGUACUAGGCAGUUCGGUAUAUCCUACAGAUAAAUGGGUAAGUCUUGGAAAUAUCACCGCGAGAAAUGCAAAGCAUGUGCAGAGAUUUGACCUUGAGGAGCCAAAAUGGGUGAGGUAUAUUAAGUUCAAUCUGCUGAACCAUUACGGUUCUGAAUUUUACUGUACGCUCAGUGCUGUGGGAGUUUAUGGAAUGGAUGCUGUCGAACAGAUGGUUGAAGAUUUGAUCUCAGUUAAUGAUAACCACCUUGCAUCUGAAGAAGUUAUCGUGGGGCCAGCACCUACACCCCCACAGCCUGAAGAACCUGCUCAGGGAGAUGGUUGGGAUUUUGAUAAUGAAUCUGUAGCAGAAAGUGCUAACUCGAGACCUGAUGUUCCGAAAAGCAAUGGGCGAAAUCCAGUUCCUGAUGACAAGCCUCAGCAAGUUGGGAGAAUGACUGGAGACACUGCUCUUAAGAUACUUUUGCAAAAAGUUCGAUCAAUGGACUUGAGUUUGUCUGUUCUCGAGCGAUACUUGGAGGAACUAAAUUCCAGGUAUGGCAACAUCUUCAAGGAACUUGAUGAUGAAAUUGCUGCGAAGGAUGUACUUCUCGACAAGUACAAAGAAGAUAUAAAGAACCUUGCUGACAGCAAGGAGGUCAUGGCUAAAAAUGUUGUGGAUCUCAUUGGUUGGAAAUCGCUUGUUUCCUCACAAAUAAGUAAUCUAGUUGAUGAUAACGUGAUUCUCAGAUCCGAAGUCGAAAGGGUUCUGAAAAAUCAGUCUUCCAUGGAAAACAAGUGUGUGGUUAUUUUGGUUGUUAGUUUAAUUUUUGGUUGCAUAGCUCUUUCAAAAAUAAUAAUAGAACUAGUUAUAAAUUUAUUAAGAAUACAGAAAUCCGGGAAAUUUACAGUGACAAGCUCCUCAUUGUGGCUUGUCUUGUUGUUGAGUUGUAGCAUUGUAGUAAUCAUCCUCUUGUAAUUUUGUUACAUAGUAAUUUUCCCUAUAUAUAAUAUAUGAAAGAAAAAAGAAGUUACUGUUUUUUUCUCA